CCGGCAUGUCGGGAUACUUUCUUCGGAUGGCGUUUGAUCCGUAGAAGAUAUUCGUCCCGUCUAGUCCCGUUCCCUUGCGCCUGGAUGGGUGGGAUAGAAAACGCCAAGGCAUUCCUAAAAGAUGAGACCUUUUAUUGAUCUCUGGGGGUCGGGUGUUCCCCACGUGCUUGAGACAAACAGGCAGGGGUCUCUAGUCAGGACUCAGGAGAACAACGAGGGGCUCGAGUGCGAAAGCGCAAAGACACACAGUCCCGACUUUCACAAUGACCGAGCACAGACAGCUGUGGUUUCGAAGGAUGAUUACUUGUUGGAGGGCAUGAUGGCAACGUAUGCUGACAGAUCCAGAUUGAUAAGGGGGCGGAGAUUCUGCUCUGUUUGUGGGGGAGGCAAACACCAGCACUUUUUUUCCCCCUUGACUGAUGGUUGGUGGGGGGAGAGAAGCCCAGGAACAAGCUGAUGUAACGGGCCCACGGUGCAAUUUCGCAUGCCGGUGAAUGGACCAAAAACCCCGCUAACGAUAUCCACGAUCUCACCCGUUGCCUGAUCAAGCACUUAUCAAGGUUCUGGGGAACGAAAACGAGCCAAAGGGGGCAAGUAUCCCCUACACCACAACAUGUCGAUACCAAACAUUCAUGCGUGAGAACAAUCCGUCAUAGAGAUGGCACGAUCGACGUCGAAGUCACAGAGAGAUACGAAGUGUCGGAACUGGCUGCACGGCUCGUAAUGCAUUACAUCGGGAGCCGUGUCAGCAUCAUACACAUCGCCAGUUUGUUCUCUCGAAGCCGUAGACGCCCCGGCAAACCUAAUGAAGAGACAGCCCACGGCGGGGAUCCAGCUCCACAAGGCUCACGCUUGCUGCCGGGAACUUUCCCUGUGAAGUGGUUACUGGGAGCUGGGAACUGGAAGCUGGACGAACAACAAGAGAAGAAGAACCCAGGGCGGUGGGCAGGUCUCGCACUGCGUGGUGGGCGCAAACCCCGUUGCCCAGAUCUCGACUAGCUCCGCUCGGGCCCUGCGAAGACUCCGUCUGCCCAGACUUGUCACUUUUAUAAUUCGCGACCCCCGAUCGGGGCCAAGCAAAGGUCUUUUAUUUCUAGUGCAAUCGAACCAGACUCGUCGUUGUAUUCUGACGCGUCGUGGGACUGUUCGUCUUCUUGUCUCUCGUUCUUUAACUUUUGCCAGUUUCUUGGUGUUCUUGGUGUUCUUUGCGCCGUUGCUGCUCUUCGAACUGUACGACUUUCGAAGACUUGGAGUGUUUGCGACUGAGUGAUAGACACCGAUCUUGCCUCACAGCCCCAUUCGCCAACUGCCACCACCUGGAGAUAGCCAACAAACCGACCAUGUCCUUUACUGGGGCAGGUUCCUUCGGGAACUACGACCUCACGGCGCAGAGUACCGGAGCGCCUCUUGGGCGAACGACGACAAACGACCAGCAGCGGGAGGAGGUUGUGACUGCUGGGGGUUCUUCACCGGGACGGAAUGAGAACGACGUGAGCAGGACGAGGGCUACGUCCCUGACUGAGGUGGCCGACAGUGAAGCCGCUAUUCGCAAUGAGAAAGGCAACAUCACCGAUGCCGCCGACGAGGAUGAGGAAGCCAUUGAUGAGGAGCGCCGCCACAGCGCCGUUCUUGCAUUGGCGCGCAAGUACACUUCACAGUCGCAUUACGGUGUCGAGCCCGGCACCAAUGUCUUCGAAGCCGCCCUCCAAGAUGAGAACUCGCCCAUCAACCCCAAUGGGCCCAAUUUCAACAGCAAGGCCUGGGCAAAGGCCGUCGUGAGCAUGAUGGACGGCCGGGGCGCCUCUUUCCGGACCAGCGGUGUUGCUUUCCAGCACCUGAACGUCUUCGGCUUCGGCGCGCCCACCGAUUAUCAGAAGGAUGUUGCCAACGUCUGGCUCGAGCUCGUUGGGCUCGCCCGCAAGCUGACCGGCAACAAGGGACGUCGCAUUGACAUUUUGCGCGAUUUCGAUGGUGUGGUCGAGAAGGGAGAGAUGCUUGUUGUGCUUGGUCCCCCAGGUUCCGGCUGCAGUACCUUUCUCAAGACCAUUGCCGGUGACUACAACGGCAUCUACAUGGAUGAGAACUCGUACUUCAACUACCAAGGCAUGACUGCCAAGGAGAUGCAUACGCACCAUCGUGGUGAGGCCAUCUACACGGCUGAGGUCGACACACAUUUCCCCCAGCUUUCAGUUGGCGACACCCUCACUUUUGCUGCCCGCGCCCGCGCGCCCCGCCAACUUCCUCCAGGAGUCUCCAAGAGCAUGUUUGCCCAGCACUUGAGGGAUGUUGUGAUGGCCAUGUUCGGCAUCAGCCACACGGUCAACACCCGUGUAGGUAACGAGUACAUUCGCGGUGUGUCUGGUGGUGAGCGCAAGCGUGUCACCAUUGCCGAGGCUGCCCUGUCCGGUGCCCCUCUUCAGUGCUGGGAUAACAGCACAAGAGGUCUUGAUAGCGCCAAUGCCAUCGAGUUCUGCAAGAACCUGAAAAUGUCGAGCGACCUUUUCCAGAGCACUUGCUGCGUUUCCAUCUACCAGGCUCCCCAGAGCGCAUACGACCUUUUCGACAAGGCCCUCGUGCUUUACGAAGGACGUCAGAUCUUCUUCGGAAAGGCCAGCGAGGCCCGUCAGUACUUCGAGAGACUCGGCUUCGAUUGCCCUUCCCGCCAGACCACCCCCGAUUUCUUGACUUCCAUGACAAGUCCCCUGGAGCGUGUUGUGCGUCCUGGAUGGGAGGACAAGGCUCCCCGCACACCCGAUGAGUUCGCUGCCGCCUGGAAGAAGAGCCCCGAGUACCAGGCUCUGCAGGCCCAGAUCGAAGCCUACAAGGCGUCGCAUCCCAUCAACGGUCCCGAUGCUGAAGCUUUCCGUGCGUCCAAGCAGGCCCAGCAGGCCAAGAGCCAGCGUGUCAAGUCGCCCUUCACCCUCUCCUACAUGCAGCAGAUUCAGCUGUGCCUCUGGAGAGGUUGGAAGCGCCUGACCGGUGAUCCUAGUCUGAGCAUCGGUGCUCUGGUUGGAAACACCAUCAUGGCUCUCAUCAUCUCCAGUAUCUUCUACAACCUCCAACCUACAACGGACAGCUUCUACCAGCGUGGCGCUUUGCUCUUCUUCGCUUGUCUUAUGAACGCCUUCUCCAGUGCUCUUGAAAUUCUCACUCUCUACUCGCAACGUCCCAUUGUCGAAAAACACAAGGCCUACGCUCUUUACCACCCAUCUGCUGAAGCCAUCGCCUCGAUGCUGUGCGAUUUGCCAUACAAGAUUGCCAACACCCUCGUCUUCAACCUGACCUUGUACUUCAUGACGAAUCUGCGUCGGGAAGCGGGCGCUUUCUUCUUUUUCCUGCUGUUCUCGUUCUUCACUGUCCUGGUCAUGUCCAUGAUCUUCCGGACAAUUGCCAGCUCCACAAGAACGCUCUCGCAGGCCAUGGUUCCCGCCGCCGCCAUCAUUCUCGCCUUGGUCAUCUUCACUGGUUUUGUCAUCCCCAUCGAUUACAUGCCUGGAUGGUGCCGCUGGAUCAACUACAUCGAUCCCCUGGCCUAUUCCUUCGAGUCUCUCAUGGUCAACGAAUUCCACGGUCGCAAUUUCACUUGCACCCAGUUUGUGCCUAACCUCAUGAUUCCUGGUUAUGGUGACAUUAGCCCGGCCAACCGCGCUUGCUCCGCCAUCGGUUCCAUUGCUGGCUCAUCUGUUGUCAAUGGCGACGACUACAUCAACUCGGCUUUCAGGUACUACGUGUCUCAUAAGUGGCGCAACUUUGGUAUCUUGCUCGCCUUCAUCGCCUUCUUCACCACCACCUACAUGCUUGCGGCUGAGACAGUCUCUGCUGCCAAGAGCAAGGGUGAGGUCUUGCUCUUCCGUCGCGGCCACAAGCCUGCGUCCUUCAAGGAGAACAAAGGUGAUGCCGAAUCUGGCGGUGUCGCUGUUGCUGGACCUGUUGCUAAGGCGGCUGCUGGGUACCAGUCCGAUAAGGAGAGUGGCAACAUCCAGGGCUCGACUAGUGUUUUCCAUUGGAACAACGUCUGCUACGAGGUCAAGGUCAAGAAGGAGACUCGCCAGAUCCUGAACAAUGUGGACGGAUGGGUGAAGCCCGGUACUCUCACGGCUCUCAUGGGCGUCUCCGGCGCUGGCAAGACCACUCUUCUCGACUGCUUGGCUGACCGAACCUCCAUGGGUGUUAUUACGGGAGAAAUGCUUGUUGAUGGUCUUCCCAGAGACGCUUCUUUCCAGCGCAAGACCGGCUACGUUCAGCAACAGGAUCUUCAUCUUCAAACUACCACCGUUCGCGAGGCCUUGAACUUUAGCGCUCUCCUUCGUCAACCCGCGCACGUCCCCCGCGAAGAGAAGCUCGCUUAUGUUGAUGAGGUUAUCAAGCUUUUGGAAAUGGAGGAAUACGCUGACGCCAUCAUCGGUGUCCCUGGCGAAGGUCUCAACGUUGAACAGCGCAAGCGUCUUACUAUCGGUGUCGAACUUGCUGCCAAGCCCCCUCUGCUCCUCUUCGUUGAUGAGCCUACCUCCGGUCUCGAUAGUCAAACAUCUUGGGCCAUUUUGGAUCUUCUCGAGAAGCUCACCAAGAGCGGACAAGCCAUUCUCUGCACCAUCCACCAGCCCUCGGCCAUGCUCUUCCAGCGCUUCGACAGACUCUUGUUUCUGGCCAAGGGUGGCAGGACUGUGUACUUUGGCGAUAUCGGCGAAAACUCCAAGACCAUGACUUCCUACUUUGAGCGCAAUGGUGGUUUCCCUUGCCCUGCUGACGCCAACCCCGCUGAGUGGAUGUUGGAGGUUAUCGGUGCUGCCCCUGGAAGUGUUACCAAUGUCGACUGGCACCAGGCCUGGCGCGAGAGUCCCGAGUAUGCUGCCGUCCAGGAAGAGCUUCAGCGUCUCAAGGCCCAGGCCAAGCCCUCUGAUGCCCUCGCCACCGACGAUGGAAGUUAUCGUGAGUUCGCUGCUCCCUUCGGCGAGCAACUCCGCAGUGUCACCCAUCGUGUCUUCCAGCAAUACUGGCGCACUCCCACCUACAUUUACUCCAAGGCCAUUCUCUGCCUCAUCGUCUCGCUCUUCAUCGGCUUCGUUUUUUUCAGAGCUCCCAACACCAUCCAGGGUCUCCAGAACCAGAUGUUUGCCAUCUUCAACAUUCUCACCGUCUUCGGCCAGCUCGUACAGCAGACUAUGCCUCACUUUGUCGUCCAACGCUCCUUGUAUGAGGUCCGCGAGCGUCCCUCCAAAGUCUACAGCUGGAAGGUCUUUAUGCUCUCGCAGAUCAUUGUUGAGCUCCCCUGGAACACCCUCAUGGCCGCUCUGAUGUUCGUCACCUGGUACUACCCCGUCGGGCUUGAUGCAAACGCUGCCGCCGCCGGCCAGACUGCUGAGCGUGGCGCUCUCAUGUUCCUGCUCCUGGUCGCCUUUAUGCUGUUCACCUCCACCUUCACUGAUUUCAUCAUUGCUGGUUUUGAGACGGCCGAAGCAGGCGGCAACAUCGCCAACUUGCUCUUCAGUUUGUGCUUGAUCUUCUGCGGUGUCCUGGCUACCCCUGAAACUAUGCCCAGGUUCUGGAUCUUCAUGUAUCGCGUCAGUCCGUUCACGUACCUUGUCAGCGCCAUGCUGUCCACCGCUGUCGCCAACUCCGAAGUUGUCUGCGCUGCCAAUGAGUUGCAGAAGUUUGCGCCCCCCUCGGGUCAAACUUGUUUUGAGUACCUCGAACCCUACAUGGAGAUUGCCGGUGGUUAUCUCACCAACCCCAACAGCACCGACAUGUGCUCAUUCUGCACCAUCAAGGACACCAACGUGUUCCUUGCUCAGGUCGGCGCCAACUAUGACGACAGAUGGCGCAACUUUGGUAUCCUCUGGGCCUUCAUCAUCUUCAACAUCUUCGCUGCUCUCGGUGUAUACUGGCUCGUCCGUGUACCCAAGAAGAAGCUCGGUGCCAAGGCGAAGAAGGAGUAGAUCGGUCUUCUCCUGCGACCCACGAAAAAGACCCAACAAAAAUUUUAAGCCAAGUAAUGAAGACGACGAAAACGAUGAUGUUUGGGUGAGAUGGUACGAGUUCAUCUUUCGUGUCAUGACACGAUGCGCAUCUUGUCCCCACACCUCCCAUCAUCAUGAUCUCCCCUCCACACCGGCAUCGAGGCAAAGUCCGCUUUUGCUCUUGAUAUCUUGCGACUUGUUUUUGCUUCGCCCUUGCUUAAUCCUGGUCUCACCAGACACCAAAGCAUUUACACCAUCUUGUCCUCAUAACCUCCGUCUCGCAAGCAGCACAUAGCAGACGCGCAUACACACACACCCACACACACAUACAAAGCGAUCGGAUACCAAAUGUACAUUUCUUGCAUCUUUCACUGUCCUUGUUUCUCUCUUAUUUUUUAUAUAAUGUCUAAAAAAAUAGAACUCCUUUUCGUAUCGGGUCAAACCUAGGAAGGGAGGCAGCCAUUGAUGAGCCUCAUGGCAAAGCGGGUCGUUUAUAUUGCAUUUCCAGUUUGGAAUUUGCUUUCUUGUACAUAAAUUCUGGAUUUGGUUUGCUUUUUGUCUUGUCUAUAGCACAAUGGCCCCAUUGUACAUGGACAGUAACGACAGUCAAAAGGGGGAAUGGGUUAUGAUAGAAGUGGAUGAAUCAAUAUGAUACCAAUUUAUUU